AUGGGGAAGACAUACGACCAUAUUCCUGAAAACAAGUCUAGAUGGAUCGAGAAACAGGAGAUGUUCUGGGUUGCUACUGCCCCGCUCACAAGGGAGGGGCAUGUGAAUGUUUCUCCAAAGGGUUUGAGAGGGACUUUCUUUAUUGAGAUGUGGUAUGAAGACUUAUCAGGCUCUGGCUGCGAGACAAUUGCUCACUUAUGCGAAAAUGGACGGAUAACUAUCAUGUUUAAUGCUUUCGAGGGCCCGCCGGAGAUCGUACGGUUGUACGGCAAAGGCACUGUCCAUGAACUCGGGAGUCUGGAGUAUAACCUUCGUAUUCCGUCGGAAAAGAGGAAACCGGGAUCUAGGGCGGUGAUUGUGGUGGAUGUUCAUCGAGUUAGCACUUCAUGCGGCUUCGCCGUCCCAUACUACAAAUUCGAAGGUCAUCGCGGAACGUUAUAUACGUGGAGCUCUCAGCUUGAGAAGAACGAUACAGAGCUUUCAUCUGCCACGGAGUCUUCAAAUGACACUACUGGCAACACGAAGAAAGUCGAUAACGAUAAUCGAAUGAAAAAAUGGUGGCGAGCUGAAAACCUUACCAGUAUCGAUGGUCUCCCUGCACUCAACUCUGCUCCGUUCUUGGGUGUUCUAUUGGAUGGGAAGGUACCUGGUGCGGAGGAAGCAGCGUUCAAGAAACGAGUCACAAAGAACGAGAAGCCAGAGUGGGACACAAUGGCUCUUCAUGAAACGUUAAAGGGUAAUAAUACAUCGCAAUUCUUUGUGUACGUAUUCAGCAGCAGUCGAAAGAAGUACAACCUUCAAGCUACUCAAGCAGGUCCAUAA